GGGCAGCGCUGCCCGGCACUCACGGAGUCUCCUCGAGCUGGAGCUGCUCACCAUCGACGCAGAAGAAGCUCUCCUGUGACCUCGGCCCCGUGCACAGCACAGCGCUGAGCCGCAUCGAGCAGGGCCGCCGGCGGGGAUGGACUAUUCGUAUGAUGAGGAUCUGGACGAGCUGUGUCCGGUCUGCGGGGACAAGGUCUCCGGGUACCACUACGGGCUGCUCACCUGCGAGAGCUGCAAGGGCUUCUUCAAGAGGACCGUGCAGAACAACAAGCACUACACCUGCACCGAGAGCCAGAACUGCAAGAUCGACAAGACCCAGAGGAAGCGCUGCCCCUACUGCCGCUUCCAGAAGUGCCUGACCGUGGGGAUGCGCCUGGAAGCCGUGCGCGCGGAUCGGAUGCGCGGCGGGAGGAAUAAGUUUGGGCCCAUGUACAAACGGGACCGUGCCUUAAAGCAGCAGAAGAAAGCGCUGAUCCGUGCCAACGGCUUCAAGCUGGAGACAGUGCCACAGAUCGUGUCACCUGUGCAGAAUGACUACGGGCUGUCCUCCACCAUCCACAGCAUCCACGCCAUGGCCAAGACGCUGCCGCCCAACCCCGCCGCCCUGACGCCUGCUGACUAUGAACGCGGCCCCUACGGGACCCCCUCCCUGGCCAUGACUGUGCCCGGCCACACGCCGCUCGCCGGCUACCACUACCCCUCCUUCCCCAACCGCGCCAUCAAGUCCGAGUACCCCGACCACUACAGUGCUGCACAUGAGGCCGUGCCCACCUAUGCAUACCCAGAGACCUACCCCAGCAGUUCCCCACCCGACAUCCCCGAGGUCAUCCUGAAGCUGCUGCAGCUGGAGCCUGACGAGGCGCAGGUGAAGGCUCGCAUCCUGGCCUGCCUGCAGCAGGAGCAGGGCAAGGGCCGGCAUGAGAAGCUCAGUACCUUUGGCCUCAUGUGCAAGAUGGCUGACCAGACGCUGUUCUCCAUCGUGGAGUGGGCGCGGAGCUGCAUCUUCUUCAAGGAGCUGGAGGUGGGAGACCAGAUGAAGCUGCUGCAGAACUGCUGGAGCGAGCUGCUGGUGUUCGACCACGUGUACCGGCAGCUGCAGCACGGCAAAGAGCACAGUGUGCUGCUGGUCACCGGGCAGGAGGUGGAUCUGUCAGCAGUGGCGGCGCAGGCGGGCUCCAUCCUGCACUCCCUGGUGCUGCGGGCACAGGAACUGGUCCUGCACCUGCACUCACUGCAGGUGGACCGGCAGGAGUUCGUCUGCCUCAAAUUCCUGAUCCUCUUCAGCCUCGAUGUGAAGUACCUGGAGAACCACGCGCUGGCUAAGGACGCUCAGGAGAAGGCCAAUGCAGCCCUGCUGGAGUACACGGUGUGCCACUACCCACACUGCACAGACAAGUUCCGGCAGCUGCUGCUGCGGCUGACUGAGGUCCGGGCGCUGAGCAUGCAGGCAGAGGAGUACCUGUACCACAAGCACCUGAGCGGAGAGGUGCCCUGCAACAACCUCCUCAUCGAGAUGCUGCACGCCAAGCGGACUUGAGUGCAGUUCCCACAUGGACUCUGCAGGGCCCCGUGCAGCAAUGGGGCAGGACACGCACCUGGGACCACCUCUCCGCCCCAUGCCUCUCAGUGAUGCUAUUUAACCUGUGCUAGUGGAAGGUCCCAGGCGAUUUAUUUUAAUACAUGGUAAGGACGGUUAAUGGUCGCAGGGAUGUGUGCUCGACAGCCGGACUGCCCUGCCAGCACUGCAGCCCUGCAGACCCUGCACAGUCAGUGCCCAACCUGCUGCCUGACCCGGCUCUGCGACAUGAGCAGGGGGAAAGCCUGUCCUGGCUUAGCUCCCAUUUCUGCUUCUCUCCUGUCAUCCCCGCACUCUGUCUCUCCACCGCUGCGCUCCCACUGCCCAGUCUGCCCCCUCUGGGACCCCUGAUGUACAGGGCAUGGGAAGGAGUAAGCUUAAAUCCCUCCAGGCUGUGGGGUUUCCCUUUGCUCUGGCACUCGCACAGUGGCAGGGGAUUUCUGCAGCAGCAAAGCUGAGCCCUGGGGCUGAGAUCUGCUCCUGUCUGCCUCAGAGUCACUGCCUGCCCAGCACCAAGCAGGGCACUGCUGACCCUCAGCUGGCUCCACUUUCAUAGCACUUGCCAAUGCCAUGGCAGGAACUGGGAUUUUACAGCCCCUGGCAGCUGCAGUGCCCAAAUCCCACCCAUGUCUGGGCUCAGCUCACGUCCAGGAUGGCAAGGCUUUGUGUAGAGGCUCCAAGAGUCAGUGCCGGGGACAGGGACUCAUCCCUGGGACAUUUCAGUUCCCCUGCAUCAGGGCAGGAGAGGGUGCAGGGGCAGCGGCACGGCCAGGCACCCACAGCCUGGGCAGAUUCCUGGAGCUCACUCCAGCCACCAGCCAUACCUGCAUGCUGCUGGGGAGCAGCCAAAGGGCAGCCAAAGGGACAGAGAUGGACACCAUCCCCUCGCUGCCUGCAGGUGAUGCUGGUAGAGGCGGCACUGCAGGCAGCAGGGCAGGAGGGAUGCUCAGGGCCCAGCCUCAUGCUGUGGGCACUGGGACAGUUGCAGCAGCACGUGCCAGCACGUGCCCAGGACUGCAGCUGGGGGCCCUGGCAGCACCCCUGACAUUUGGGCAAGGAGGAAGCAGAAGGGCCAGCACUGCCUUGUCCCCACGUGACAGCAGAGCGCUGAAGACACAGAGAUGCUGCCUCUCCUCCCGCGCUGGGCUGGGGCUUAGCAGGGCAGCACAGAGGCUCCAUCACAGCCUCCUCCUGCCCCACGCUGUGUCCUCACCGGUGCACAGCACAUGGCCCUGCCAGCUCUGCCAAUGGGUUUGGUUCAGGUGUUUUCUCCGCUGUCCCACUUGGAGGGGACACUCACACACCACGGCUCCGCACAGCACUGGCGCUUGGGGAGCUCUCGUGCUGCCAACCUCCAACCCCAACUUGUUAGAUACAGAAGAGCAUGUUUGUUUUUGCUUUUCAACGUUUGUGCAUUUUCCUCCUGAAGUCUGUGGUUCAGUUUCACUUUCUUCUUUCUGUGAACUUAAAGAACUGGAGAAAAUGGUUUGGGAGGUAAAAGAUAUUUUAUUUUCAGAAAAUGAAAAGUGUCCUUAAGUGUCUCUCUCUCUCUUUCUCUCACAUCCUUUCCUCUCUCCCAUCCCUCUCCUCCUUUGCUCCCCACCCUUCCUUCCCAGGCAGGAGGUUAUUAACUUCCAUGUCAGGAGUAAACCACUGUAAUAAAUUUUGCAGUUCAUUUAAGAAGGCAAA